UCCUCGCACUCCACUCUAUCGUGCUGUUGUCCUGGUGACCGAGCUCUGUUCUUCCGGGUCCGCCUGACCUCAGUGGAGUGAAUGAGAAGAGAGAGAGUCGCCUCAGGAUGAAGAGGGCUCCGGUGCUCCUUUUCCUGGCUUGGCUGUCCAUCCUUUUCUACUCCGGCAUCUGGCUUUUCAUGAGCGGUUUCCUCCUAAUGAGAAUAGAACUCAACAAUCAGAGUCUGUGUUCUCAGCCUCCUGAUCCAGAUCUUCUCAGCAGCACCCAACAAAAGACUACUACCUGCUGGUUCCCACGCAGGUUCAAUAAGGCCGUCAUUGUCAUCAUUGAUGCCUUGAAGUAUGACUUUGCCAAAUAUGACCCAGCGAACACCAACCCAAAGCCCUACGAGAACAAGCUGGAAGUGAUCCACCAGCUGAUCCAGUCCCAACCUCGGCAUGCCAGACUCUACCCUUUCCGGGCUGACCCUCCCACUACCACCAUGCAGAGGAUUAAAGGAGUCACCACAGGCUCACUGCCGACCUUCGUGGACGUGGGCAGCAACUUUGCCAGCUAUGCCAUCCAGGAAGACAAUUUGAUCCAUCAGAUGGUACAGAAUGGGAAGAGAGUGGUGUUCAUGGGAGACGAUACUUGGGAUGGAUUGUUCCCGAAAAAGUUCUACAAGUCUUAUUUCUUUUCUUCCUUCAACGUGAAGGACCUUCACAUGGUGGAUGAUGGAAUCUUGCAGCACCUUUAUCCUACUGUGGACGGGGGAGAUUGGGACGUUGUAAUUGCUCAUUUUCUUGGGGUUGAUCACUGUGGACAUAAACAUGGGCCAGACCACCCAGAGACCGCCAAGAAACUCACACAAAUGAAUCAGAUGUUAAGCUCCCUCAUAGAACACCUGGAUGACAACACCUUGCUGGUUGUGGCUGGGGACCACGGGAUGACAGACACCGGGGACCAUGGAGGAGACAGCGAGAAGGAAGUGACUGCAGCUCUCUUCUUGUACAGCAAAGCCCCUCUUUUCUCUAAGCAGCUAUUGGAGGACCCCGAAGCCGUCCCCCAGGUGAAUUUGGUCCCAAGCUUGGCGCUUCUGCUUGGUGUCCCCAUCCCAUACAGUAACCUGGGAGCCUUGAUCAGCGACCUCUUCUGGUGGUCAGAAGAUGGGGAUGACCUAUCAGCACUCCUUACAAAGACAAGUGCUUAUCAGAUUAACACACAGCAGGUAGCCCGUUAUCUCUCCUCCUACUCCCAGGCUGCAGGGGACCUUUCUGCUGAUAAGUUGAGGCUCCUCCAUGAUCUUUCCUCCUCCUCCAUGGCAGAAUACAAGCAGCUGAUGUCACAGUGGGACCAGAAUGCGUUGUCGGAGGCAGAGAUGAAAGAGCGACUGACCCAGCUGGUACAGAAAAUGCAGCUCUACCUCAGCCAGGCCCGCCAUGUGUGUAUGGAGUCCUGGGCCCGCUUCCACCCGCUUCGCAUGAUCUUCGGAAGCCUCAUCCUCCUCAUGUCGUGCGUCGUCUCUUACAUAGUCGCCGAAGCUGGAUUGUCUAUGAAGGUGUCUUAUAGGAGUCUGCUGGGGUAUCCGGUGUUUAUCUCACUGUUGCUGACUGUUGUACUCGGCCUGGGCACAUGGAUGUCCUUCGUAGAUAUGGAUUUAGUAUCUCUUUGUGCUUUAGGUACUAUCAUCUCUCAGCUCAGUUUCCUUUACAUUUUCAGGUUGAAGAGGUAUGCACAAAAGAGAUGGUGGUCCCGGCCUACCUCUCUCUUAGCGUCGGGGUCCUGCAUUGUGCUCUUUUUCCGCUGCUGUACACUGUUUUCGGACAGUUUUGUAGUGGCGGAGGGAAAGGCAGCUCAGUUUUUUCUUGCGUCAUUGCUCUUGGUGACAGUGGCCAAGCUACACUGGGAUGGCAGGCUGACCCUCCCAACUUUCACCCCGCUAGGAAGUGAAUCUCUGAAGCCCUCACUUACACCUGGCUAUAAGAAGGAUGGAUCCCGGCUGUUAUUGUUACUUGCAGCCUUGGGGCUGUGCAUUCGCCUCUCUAACUUCUUUCACAACUGCCGGGAAGAGACGCCAGAAUGUCAUCCGUCUGCUUUUCUGACUCCGCUGUUCAGUGUGCAGGAUCCGGAAAUAAAGAACUUCUCGUAUAUCUGUUGCGUCUUGUGCCUGGGGGUCAUUAUCUACCUCAUCAGAAAGUGGCUGCAGCACUACGGAAACUUGAACAGCACCUCCCCACUGGUGCUGUAUGUCCGAUGGGGGUUCCCACUUAUAGCGCUAGGGAUUUCCUGCUUCUGGGCCCUUAGCUCUGGCACAGAGGACACCUUUGCCAGGCUGCGGGAGCUCACACACCUAGCCCUGGUGGCCUUCCCUAGGGCCAUAUAUGUCUUCGCCGGAAUGGGCAUUUUGCUCACCCUGUGGAAACCAAUGACAGUUUAUAUGAAGCAGAGCAAGGACUCCAGUGCGGACAACACAGUGACCACUAUUAGUGGUGCACCGGGUUCUCAGGCAGAGCUCCAGCAUGUUAUUCCACAGAUCUACAGGAAAAUGCAACGCACGCUAAAGAACCGGCUCCAGCAUAGCAGAGAGGGAGAGGAAGGAAAGAAAGGAGCAGCACUGGAAGCCUACGGACUAGGCAGCGUAUACUCUGCCGCAAUGGUCAUUACUCUGUCUCUGCUCACCUUUGUGCUUAUAAUGCUGCACAGUGAACGAAUGACCCCUGCCUUCCUCCUCCUAUUACUAGAGGCACUGGUCAUUCUCCAGAUCCAUGGACAUGUCUCCAACCUGUACUGGGCACCUGAUGACAGCGACUUGUUUUGCGUCCCGUGGUACGCGGUCAUAGCGUGGGCUCUCGCCGCCACCCAGAGCUUCUACUCCACUGGUCACCAGCCCGUCUUCCCUGCCAUUCACUGGAAUUCGGCCUUUGUGGGCUUUCAGGACGGACACACAAACAACAUCAUCCCUGCACUGCUGGUUGCUGCCAACACCUUCUGCUCCAACAUCCUCUUCUCAGCCGGAUCCUGCCUACUGCUGCUAUGGCCGUUCCUGUGUGAAUCCCCCACGGGGCGGAGGAAGAGAGGGAAAAGAGAGACCCGAGAAGGGGAGAGUGAGGACGAGGACAUGCCUCUAAUGGAGAUGAGGCUGAGAGAGAAUCCCGACUGCUUCUCUGUGGCUCUGCUUCAGCUGGGGACCAAAUACCUCUUCAUCCAAGGAGUGCAGCUCCUGUCCUGUGUCUGUGCAGCUAUGAUUCUUCGGCGGCAUCUUAUGGUGUGGAAAGUCUUCGCUCCAAAGUUCCUGUUUGAAGCUCUGGGCUUCACAAUCAGCAGCAUCUUUAUGGUGUGUGGGAUUGCACUGGUUCUGCGGGUAGACUGUGUCGUUCGUGACUGGUUCCGGAGGCUCUUGGUCCAGCAGAGCAGGUAGCAGCGGAGGAUGGACUGAAACGCUGCUCAGAACUCACUCAGUGCCUUUCCCAGUCCAGGCUGUGGGCUGCUGCACUAAUUACACUCCGCCAGCUGGCAGAACCCCGGACCUUUCCGCCAUAUUUGUUUCAUCUGUCUAUUCAGAGGAUUUGCCAAGAGAGGACAGUAGCUUAGAGUCAUCUGGUGUUAUCAGCAGCCAUUUUCUGACGGCUCUCCUGUCAAGUUUUCCUUGAUACCUCCCCUCAAGUAUCCCUUGUCAAGCAGACAGUCCACUAUCAUUGCUGCAACAUGGAGAGCGGUGUGGGUGAACUGCAUUUUACUGGAGAAUAAAUGUAGCUUUUGGGAGAGUUAAAAAAAAAAAAACAUUCAUAGAAGAACAUUUACCAACCACUGCCAAGAGCUUGCCAUAGGCGUUCAAUACGUCAGUGACCGCACAAUAAAGAUUGCUUGAGUGUAUGUGUGCAAGUGGUGCUGGGGUCUUCAGAAAUAAAGGGAAUCUUGUGCUACAUUA